UCUUAAUUCAACUAAACUCCCCGUUUCACUUUUCUUCUCAUACGGUGUGCUUUAUCGUGACCCUCCACAGGGCGUCGUUUCUUGUUCAAGCCCUUCAACUACUUCACUUCUUCGAACUCAACUCAGAUCACCUCCCUUCUUCUACGUCUGCACUGCUUUGUUCUUCUAGUGUUUCCCUUGCCGCCGUUGGAUCUCUAUCACCAUCUCUCUCUCUCUUUCUCUCUCUCUCUCUCUCUCACUCAAACCCUAACUCAAAUUCUGAGCCGACAUCUCCGUUGUUAGUCACAGAGAAAACGCCGGACUGAAAGUGGCAUGAGCUUUGGAUGGUCCACAUUGGCUUCAAAGGAAAAUCUUUCACGAAUGUUCUUUUCAAAGGGAUUAGUCUUAACCAGGGGAGGCAUCACAGCAACAAAAUAGCUUUGGUGGAGAAAAUAUUAAAUGGAUUAUUGGGGAAAGUGGCAUUGAUUACAGGAGGAGCCACUGGUAUUGGAGAGAGCAUUGCGCGCCUAUUCCACAAACAUGGUGCAAAAGUUUGUAUAGUUGACUUACAGGACAACCUUGGCCAGCAUGUCUGUGAUACACUUGGUGGUGAACCAAACUCUUGUUAUUUCCAUUGUGAUGUCGCCAAAGAAGAUGAUGUUUGCCGUGCAGUUGACUUCACUGUCAGUAGAUUUGGUACACUUGACAUCAUGGUCAAUAAUGCUGGUUUGUCAGGUUCACCGUGUCCCGAUAUAUGCAGUGCAGACAUAUCGGAGUUUGAGAAGUUAUUUGAUGUAAAUGUGAAGGGAGUCUUCCUUGGAAUGAAACAUGCAGCUCGGAUUAUGAUCCCAUUGAAGAAGGGCUCUAUAGUUUCUCUGUGCAGUGUUGCAAGUGCCAUAGGGGGGCUCGGUCCACAUGCCUACACAGGGUCCAAGCAUGCUGUUUUAGGGCUCACCAAGAAUGUUGCAGCUGAGCUUGGACUACAUGGGAUACGUGUCAACUGUGUUUCUCCUUAUGCUGUUCUAACAGGCUUGGCUUUAGCUCACUUGCCGGAGGAGGAGAGAACUGAGGAUGCCAUGGCAGGUUUUCGUGAUUUUACUGGGAGUAAUGCUAACCUGCAGGGUGUAGAAUUGACCACUGAUGAUGUGGCUAAUGCUGUGCUAUUCUUAGCAAGCGAUGAAGCAAGGUAUGUAAGCGGAGCUAAUCUCAUGGUUGAUGGGGGCUUCACAUGCUCAAAUCACUCACUUCGGGUGUUUAGAUGAAAUGACAAUCAAGAGGCUCAUGCCUUGCUUUGGUGUUAGUUGGAGUCGUGUUAACUAUGGUCUUUUUGGUGGGCAGAGGGCUGUAGAGUAGAAUGGGUUGAGUUGGGUAAGUUCAUGAUAGAAUGUAGCUUUUUGUUUUAUCAUGUUUAUAAGUUGCACUUGGAUCAAAUGAUCUUCACUGAUUAAGCAAUAGAAAUAUGGAACUUUUUGUUCAGAGUAUAGCUUUUUGUUUCAUUCUA